GGAGCCGAGCCCGGAUCCUCCAGCAGCGAAACCGGCCAGAAAAAAAGUUCGUUCCGUGGCUUGGAGCCGAAUAAUGGCGGAGCGUUGGAGUAGCUGAAGAGCAGUAUGGAGACUUUAUUAGCAGAAUUGCUGCUUUAUUGCUGGUUUACUCUCAUUCACGGUUCUCCCCUGCUGCUGUUUGCUAAUCGGCGGGAUGUGCGUCUGUUGGACGCGGAGUCGGCGCGGGCGGAGUCGGCGGUGUUGGUCAGUGACCUGGAGGACGCCGCCGCCGUCGACUUCCUGUUCUCGGAGAGUCUCGUCUUCUGGACGGACGUCAGCGAGGAGGCCAUCAAGCAGACCUUCUACAACCAGAGCAGCAAUGCAGUGAAGGAGGCGGUGUUGGGUUCCGGUCAGAAGGUGGUGGUGUCCGGGCUGGACUCGCCCGAUGGGCUGGCGUGUGAUUGGCUGGGACGGAAGCUCUACUGGACCGAUUCAGAAACCAAACGCAUCGAGGUGGCCAAUCUGGACGGGACGUGCCGGAAGGUUCUGUUCUGGCAGGACCUGGACCAGCCUCGGGCUAUAGCGCUGAACCCUGCUCAGAGGUACAUGUACUGGACGGACUGGGGCGAGGAGCCGAGGAUCGAGCGAGCAGGGAUGGACGGCAGCAGCAGGAGGGUGAUAAUAGCCAAGGACAUUUACUGGCCUAACGGACUGACCAUCGACCUGGACGAGCAGAAGCUGUACUGGGCCGACGCCAAGCUCAGCUUCAUCCACCGCGCCAACCUGGACGGUCUGCAGCGCGAGAUCGUAGCGGACGACCUCCCGCACCCGUUCGGACUCACCCAGUACCACGACUUCAUCUACUGGACGGACUGGAACCUGCGCAGCAUCGAGCGGGCCGACAAGCGCAGCGGGAUGAACCGGACGCUCAUCCAGGGCCAGCUGGAGUACGUCAUGGACAUCCUGGUCUUCCACUCGUCCCGGCAGGACGGGACCAACGAGUGCUCGCACAACAACGGGAACUGUGCCCACCUGUGCCUGGCGACGCCGUCCGGGGCGCGGUGCCGCUGCGCCUCGCACUACACCCUCGAACCCAACGGACGCAACUGCAGCUCUCCGUCCAGUUUCCUGUUGUUCAGUCAGAAGAGCUCCAUCAGUCGGAUGGUUCUGGGUGAACAGAGUCCCGACAUGAUCCUGCCCAUCCACGUGAUGAGGAACCUGAAGGCCAUCAGCUUCGACCCUCUGAUGCGCUUCAUCUACUGGAUCGACGGCAAGCAGAGCAUCCGCAAGGCCAAGGACGACGGAUCUCAGGCGGCGACGGUGGUGUCCCCGGGUCCCACUCAGCCUCUCAAACAGCCCCACGAUCUGAGCGUGGAUGCCUACAGCCGUACGGUGUACUGGACCUGUGAAAGCACCAACACCAUCAACGUUCACAGGAUGGAGGGCCAUGCGGUCGGGGAGGUUCUGAAGGACGAGGUGGACAAACCCAGAGCCAUCGUCGUCAACGCUGAGAAAGGCUACAUGUACUUCACCACGCUGCAGGACCGCUCGGCUAAGAUCGAGGGGGCGUCUCUGGACGGCACGGAGCGCGAGUCUCUGUUCACCACCGGUCUGAUUCGCCCCGUGGCCCUGGCGCUGGAUAAUAAACUGGGGAAGCUCUUCUGGGUGGACGCCGAUCUGAAGCGCAUCGAGAGCAGCGACCUGUCCGGAGCCAAUCGGAUCGUCCUCCAGGACUCCAACAUCCUGCAGCCGAUGGGUCUGACCAUACUGGCCGAUCACCUGUACUGGAUCGAUAAGCAGCAGCAGAUGAUCGAGAGGGUGGACAAACGCAGCGGGGACAAGAGGACCAGGAUCCAGGGACGUAUUCAAUCACUGACUGGGAUUCACGCCGUGGAGCUGAUGGAGCCGGAGGAGUUCGCAUCCCAUCCAUGUUACCGUGACAACGGAGGAUGCUCACAUAUCUGCAUUGCCAAAGGAGACGGGACGCCGCGAUGCUCGUGUCCGAUGCACCUGGUGCUGCUGCAGAACCUGCUGAGCUGCGGAGAGCCUCCGACCUGCUCGGGCGAUCAGUUCACGUGUGCCACCGGCGACAUCGACUGCAUCCCCAUGGCGUGGCGCUGUGACGGCAUCGCCGAGUGUGCGGACCACAGCGACGAGAUGAACUGCCCCGUGUGUUCGGAUCUGCAGUUCCAGUGUGACAAGGGUCAGUGUGUGGACGCACAGCUGCGCUGCAACGGAGAGCCCGACUGCGCAGACGGAUCCGACGAGCAGGACUGCAACACGAUCUGCAUGCCUAAUCAGUUCCGCUGCAGCAAUAAUAAAUGCGUCCUGAAGAAACAGCAGUGUGAUUCGUACCCCGACUGUGUGGACGGUUCAGACGAGCUCUUCUGUGAUUUCCCGCUGUCCCCCACAGACCAGCGCCACACCAACACCAUCGGCCCGGUGAUCGGGAUCAUCCUGUCGGUCUUCGUCCUGGGUGGGAUGUGUUUCGUGUGCCAGCGUGUGGUGUGUCGGCACUAUA